AUGGAGGGCUCCGAGGAGCUGGAGAGCAGCCUUCUGACAAAGCCCUGGGCUUCUGUUUGCUUUGGCGAAUCCGCUUUUCUUGCCAAAGUGUGCUUCAGGGAUACUGGCUACAUCCUGCUGAUCUCCGACCUCAGCAGCGUCUGGUACGAGAGUGCAGACGCCGAGGCUGUGGGACAAAGGUCCAAGGAGCUGAACAAGCGGCUGACGGUCCACGUGUCCUCCUUCCUGCACCACUUGUGUGACUUGAUGUCCCCCUUGAUGGCAGGGCAGUUGGACACCACCACCUCCUUCUCCUGCCACCACACUGCUGGUGGCCUCAGCCUGCAUGUGAAGAGCAUGCUGUCAGGACUGCCCUUCUACUGGAAAUUCCACUGCUGCCCCGCUCCCGUGGAGAUGGUGUCCCGUCACCUCGUGAGGCCCCUGAUUCGGAUGAGCCUGGCGCUGCAGUACCAGGUGCAAAAGCUGACCUUCCUGCUGCUCCAGAAGGAUGCUGAGAUCGAAGACUACAGGGAGAAUGGGGCCACUCUCAGCAGAGACCGCCUGCAGACAGAGCCUUUCCAGGAAGCAGUGUUUCAGCAGAACUUCAUGGCUGAGAGCUUGCCCCAGAUCUGCGGUGUGGCAGAAGGGCAGGCGUUCGCCUCUGCUCUGCAGCAGCUCUACACAGCAGUGACGCAGCAGGAGGCCAAGCAGUCUCGGAAACGGCAGCACUCAGGUGAGGAGCUCCAGGACACUGAGGGCCCAACACCUGCUGCAGAAACCACAGGGCACCCCCAUCCACCACCUCCAUCCCAGGAGGAUGAAACAGCAUCUUCUAGCGAGGGAACCACGCCGGCCUCCUCCCCAGCUCAGAAGCUCCGGCUGCCUGUGGCCAAGGCCAAGCCAAAGAAGGCAAAGGGGCUCUUCAGCUGA